AUGGCUGCCUCUGCCUCUGCCUCUGCCUCGUCUCUUCACCUUAUCCCUCAAACCCUCUCACUAUCCCGCCACUCAUCUACGGCUUAUUCUUUCCCACAUUUUACUCCCUCAUCUCUUAAACCUCUUCCGAAACUUACCAUAUCAAUUUCCUCUAAAAAUUGUAAUGGUGAGCCCACUUCUAAAUUUGCGAGAAAAGUUGCCGUAUCUUCUGCUUUGGGCGAGUUGGAAGAAGAAGUGGGAGUAGAGAAUGCUGGCUUUGAUUUCUCUAGCCCAGAGGAGCCCAGCUUUUCGCCUGACCUUAAGCUUUUUGUCGGAAAUCUGCCUUUCAAUGUUGACAGUGCUGCUCUAGCAGGCUUGUUUGAACGAGCCGGAAAUGUUGAGAUGGUUGAGGUUAUCUAUGACAAGCUUACAGGAAGAAGCAGAGGGUUUGGUUUUGUUACAAUGUCUACUGCAGAGGAAGCUGCAAGUGCUGCUCAACAGUUCAAUGGAUAUGAAUUUGAGGGCAGACAACUGAGAGUGAAUAAUGGACCUCCACCUCCUAAGGGGGAAAAUUCUUCAUUCAGAGGACCAAGGGGAGGAUCAGGAACAAGUUCCGAUCAAGGGAACAGAGUUUAUGUUGGGAACCUUGCUUGGGGAGUUGACAAUCUUGCUCUUGAAACCUUGUUCAGUGAGCAAGGAAAGGUUAUGGAGGCCAAGGUGGUUUAUGACAGAGAGAGUGGUAGAUCAAGGGGUUUUGGGUUCGUGACUUACAGUUCUGCUGAUGAGGUCAACAAUGCAGUUGAAUCAUUGGAUGGCAUGGACCUCGAUGGCAGGUCAAUUCGAGUUAGCCCUGCUGAAGCUCGUCCGAGACGUCAGUUUUAA